ACCGCGCAGGCGCCCUGGUGAGCGCUCCGUUUGAAACAUGGCGCGGGCUGUCCCGCGGCUGGUGCUGAGUGAGGAAGCGAUCCGGUCGAAGAGCGGCCUGGGGCCUCACCGCAACCUGGCUGAGCUUCGGUCAUUGUCUAUUCCUGGAACUUACCAGGAGAAGAUCACCCACCUGGGACAUUCUCUGAUGAGUUUAACAGGUCUGAAAUCUCUCGAUCUGUCACGCAACUCCUUGGUUAGUCUGGAGGGUAUUCAGUACCUGACUGUGCUGCAGAGUCUCAAUCUCUACUACAACUGCAUCUCGUCGCUGGCAGAAGUGUUUCGGCUCCACUCCCUGACCGAGCUUGUGGACGUGGACUUGCGGCUGAACCCUGUGGUGAAGGCCGAGUCUGACUACCGCCUUUUUGUUGUGCACCUGCUCCCCAGGCUCCGGCAGCUGGACGAUCGCCCCGUGAGAGAGAGUGAGCGGAAGGCUUCACAGCUGCGUUUUGCAUCAGAGGACUCACUGGACUCAAAGGAGAACAUCCCAGCUGCUUUGAAAGUGGGCAGACCACACCACCCCAGAGCCAGGUGCACCGAGGCCUCAGCCAAGCAGAGCCUGGUCAUGGACGCGGACGACGAGGCGGUCCUGAACCUCAUUGCAGAGUGCGAGUGGGACCUCGGCAGGCCUCCCGCAAGCAUGAGCUCCAGCCAGAAGGAGCGCGAGGCCUACUCUUGUGGUUCCCAAGAAUCCAGACACCUGUUGAGCCCGCAGUCACUCCAGCACCAGUGUGGAGACUCCGGGAGGCAGGGCCGAGAGACGAGGUGGGCCAGCUGCAGAGCGUGCUGUGUGGAGAAGAUGCCUCGGAGCCGGCCCUGUGGAGAGCACCCGCCACAGCCACAGCACGCCACGGAGCCAGAGGCCUCCCGUGCCCACGGGGCGCACGCCCGCUUCACCCCACACCCAGACUCUGUGGAUAUUGAGGACUCGGCCUCUUCUCAGAAGUUGGAUUUGUCAGCAGAAAUGGCGCCCAGUCCACUGCCUGCCCCCGGAAUGUACAGGAAGCAAAGAAUGCCUGGUGGAAGAUUCCAGGCGUUUUCAGAACAGAAGUGUCUGGGCUGCCUGGAGGGGACUCAUGGGUCCUGCGAGCCUGAGGAGAGCCUGAGCAGACAGAACAGCUCAGAAGGCAGGAGUGGGAGGACCUUAUCUCAGUCCGAGGCCUUGGAGACUGAGGAGCAGAGGUCUGGGGGCGUGAACGAUGCUGGAGAGCCAUCUCCCAGGUCCCACUCAGCUCCACCCGGGAAGAAGACGGGCCUGCAGGCGGCGCUCCUGGAGACGCUCGUGGACCUGGUGGACAGGAGCUGGGGUGGCUGCAGGUCUCUGCAUAGCAACGAGGCAUUCCUUGCUCAGGCAAGACACAUUUUGUCUUCUGUUGAAGAACUCACCGUAGCCCAGGAUGGCUCCACGAUGGUGGGUGAAGACGCCGGCUCCCCGGCUCUGGAGAGCAAAUCCCUGCAAAGCCGCCUUGCAGAGCAGCGGCAGCGGCACGCCCGGGAGAUGAGCGAGGUGACGGCGGAGCUGCACCGCGCACGCAAGGAGCUGAAUGAUUUGAGACAACAUUUAGAUACAUCUUUAGAAGAGAAUAGUGGCUUAAAAUCGCUUUUGUUCAGUAUGAAAAAGGAGGUGAAAAAUGCAGACGCUGCAGCUACAUUAAAUUUGCAGAUCACUGGACUUCAGACAAGUGUGACGAGGCUGUGUGGUGAGAUUGUGGAGCUGAAGCAGCACCUGGAGCACUAUGACAAGAUCCAGGAGCUCACGCACAUGCUGCAGGAGAGCCACAGCUCCCUGGUCAGCACCAACGAACACCUGCUGCAGGAGCUGAGCCAGGUGCGGGCGCAGCACCGGGCCGAGGUGGAGCAGAUGCACUGGAGCUACCAGGAGCUCAAGAAGACCAUGGCCCUGUUUCCGCACGGGAGCGCCGGCCCCGGACGCUGCCAGGCCUGCUGACUCCUGCCAGGAGGUAGUGCUGCUCCUUACGUGGCCUGUGCCUUCCUGUUUCUUUACUGAGUGUAUUGGCUGGCAAGGGUUCUUGCUUCUGUUUGUAAGUACUUAGGAUUUUUGGAAUGUAUUCAGGGGCUAUAGCUUGGUUUUCUAAAGCAUCCGAAAAUGAUAUGAUCCAUCCAAGCCCUUCGCAUGUUUGGAGACAAAACACAUUGACAUAUUUUGAGACCAGCUGACCAUUAAUCUUUCAUCCGGUGUCCGGAGAUGACGUAAAUGCAGUGUUUCACUACCUGAUAUAAAGGAGAGCUAUGUAUGAUCUUUAUUUAAUAAAUGAUACAUUGUUCUGAAAAGUUAACUUUUGAAGUGUCUGUACAAACA